UGUUCGCGUUAAGCUAGGUUGCACCACUGCACUGUCUCCCCUCCAACUACAAUUUGACAGUUUCUCAGGUGCGGUGUUACGCUACAGGAGCUGUUCCACUUUCUCUUGAGUUUCAGCGCGCAUUUCGCUGUGAGCCUGGGGUUGCUUAACUCAAAAACCAUUUACCAGAAGCCCUCACACCACGGCACCAUGAGCAAAAAGAAAAAGGAGUGGAGAGCGGAGAAAGAACGCUUACUCGGUCUUGGUCUUGAGGAUAGACGCAAAGAUUAUCGAGGAAACUAUGUGCCAUUGGACGCGAUCUCCACCUGGGCAAAUCAUGACAGUAAUACAGCUGCUGAGGAAGAAGAACAGAAGUCUUUCUUCUUGGCUGACAAAGUGUCUCUGUACAAAGGUGACAUCACCACCCUAGAGGUGGAUGCCAUAGUGAAUGCUGCAAACUCUUCUCUGCUCGGCGGUGGAGGAGUGGAUGGCUGCAUACACAGAGCCGCGGGUCAUCUCCUGUAUGAAGAGUGUCACUCGUUAAACGGCUGUGAAACUGGAAAGGCCAAGAUCACCUGCGGCUACGACCUCCCCGCUAAAUAUGUGAUCCAUACUGUCGGCCCAAUCGCCAGAGGAAUUUUGGGCCAGUCUCAAAAAGAUGACCUUGAAUCAUGCUACGAAUUCUCCCUCAAGCUGAUGAAGGACAAUAACUUGAGAUCCGUGGCCUUUCCAUGCAUAUCGACAGGAAUUUAUGGAUUUCCCAAUGAGCCAGCCGCAGAAAUCGCCCUGAAGACCGUGCGUGACUGGAUCCUAAGCAACAAAGAUGAGAUCGACCGUGUCAUAUUCUGCGUCUUUCUGGAGACAGAUUAUGAGAUUUACAACAGGAAGAUGUCAGAUUUCUUCUCCCCAGAUAAUGACGACCAUAAGAAUGAAAAAGAUGCCAGUGUGGAAGAAGGUAACAUGGAGCCUGUGGAAGGAGGGGAAGAUGAUGAUGUUGCUGAUAAAAAAGAUGAAAAGCCGGAUGAAGAAAUGAUGAGCCAGCAAGAUGAAUCUACUGAGGACGUGGCAAUGCAAAGCCAGGACCUAGAAGGCAAGAGCCCUGACGCCGAAUCCAAGGACGAGGAAGCCAAGCCUCCAGAAAAAGGAGAAAGUACAGUGGAGGCGAGUCCAACAGCGAAGAAGAAAGUUGAACAGGAGAGCGAAAAAGAGGCUUGGAAGAAAGAAGGCAAGGGAGAAGACCCACAAGUUGCAGGGGAAGAGAAAGGAGGUAGCCCGGAAAAGAAGAUGCAGACAGGCCAGCCUGAUGAAGCUGGAAAACAGAUGGAAGAUUCAACAAAGAGUGCAGACACCGGGGCGGACACCGGGCAGGAACCUGAGGUUCCCAUGGAGGUUCUGGAUGCUGAACAAAGUGUUACAACAGCCAAGGAGAGCAACACCAGCAACAGCACUAAAGAUGAUGUGAAAGCCCAGGAUAAGAGCUCACAAGAGCCCGACGCAACUCCACCAGACACCAGACCAAAUUCUGAAGACGGCCAAGGCGAUAAGAACGCACAGGAAUGAGACGACAAUCAGCCUCAUAGGAACGAGUGCCGGCAAACUGUGUGAAGCCAAACAUCACACCAAUUUUGUCCCACGCCAGAGUCGCCCACAAAUACUGGGAAAAGAUUUGACCGCCCACCCCCCCUUUAUUCACCAUCUUUCCUUCUAUUCAACCCGUAUUUCCUUUCCGCUUCCUCAUAUUGAUAAGAAAUCAGAUAUAUAGCUAUAUAAAAAAGAUCAAAUGAGAGUUUGAACAUAUCAGAGAGAGGCAGGGAUUGUGGAGCUGGAGGAGGACUGCUAUACCUCACUGACAUGCUGCUUGAUCAAUAGUUUUUUGCUUUUUUUGUGCUUAUUUUAAAAUAUAGCAUCACGGUGCUGGAUUUGAACUGGUUUAAAUUAGGUAGAUUGCUCAAAACACAUCCUAAAAUCAUCCUGCCGCUUUUAGUUACGUGCUGAUUUGUAAUGCUUCUGACAAAGUGCAAAGCCAAGGCUAAAUGUUCCAUCCCGCAGAGCCCUCAUAAUGCAAGAUUCAGACCAAAUAUGAUUGGAUUCCGCAGGCCUGUCCACCGAUUAAGAUUUCUUUCAGGUGAAAAACACUAAAAUGGCUAUAAAUGUCCGUUUGUGUGUGAGUGAGUGUGCGUAUAUACCGAUGAUGUCACUUUAAAGAGGUUUCUGCUUUGUGCGUGAGCUUUAGAACCAAGUCAGGUCAAAUGAGGAGAACAUCGCUUGAUUCUAAUCUCCUAUCGAGUGGUUGCAUUCCUCCCUUCUGCACGUUUGUGCGCUCCUCUGCUUUGAAACGUCACGCUCGCAGAGCCCCCCUUUAAUCUCUCAAACGAGCACUGAUCAGCUUCAAAGCUGCUCUGACUACUGCGAAUGCCUGUUCAGAAAAAAGGAAAACCUGUUAUGUCAGACUGACGUGGCCGUUUAUGACGAGUGCGCUAACAAAUGAAUUCCCUCAAGUGUAUCUAGAUGCAUGCCAGCAUUUCAAAUGUUUUAUUUACAGUCCCUCUCUCAAUCUCCCUCCCUUUCACACGCAUAAACAGAUCUCAGUUGCAAGCUCUCAAUAUUUUUACCAGAUUGUUUCUGCAUCUCUAAAAAAAAAAAAAAAAAAAAAAACUGCCUUAUUUCAUGAAAUAAGUAGUACAUAAUCACAAACUGGUGAUGGCUAAAGCAAAAGGCAAAUAGUAAGUGUGUGGCUUUGAAUGAAUUAAAUGCUACUUCAGAUGAUGAGUGAUGAUGCAGUUCUUUCUUUAAACUCACAAAAUUAUUUUCUGUCCUUUCGUUUGGGUUUUGAAUUGGUUGUUUGGUUAUCUUGCAUAUGAUUUUUUUGGUUGAUAAUGAUUAAAAAUGUAUUCAAAAGCUUGAUUUACUUCUUUAAGUGGUGCCAUACUGUAUAUCAGAUAAACGUCUGCCUUCAUCCUUUGAUGUUUGCUUUGCUAUAAAACAACUAUGAAUAAAGUUAUAAAGUUGUUUCCCUGGG